AUGGAACAUAUAAUCGCUAGACAUGGCCACGGGUUGACCCGGACCGAACCCGGCCCGGACCGGCCCGGAAAAUCCGGUUUUCGAACCGGAACCGGCCUUGUGGAGGGCAGGUCCCGGGCCUCCUUCGAUCCAAAAAAACCAGCGGUCCAGUCCGGGUUCGGGCCGAGUUCGCGGGUUUUGAGCUGCCGGUUUUUUAAAAAAAUUGGCCGGGCCCGGCCCCAACCCGGAUCAACCCGCCGGUCCGGUUUUGUGUUUGGCCGAUCAAUUUUGCCGGAAAAAGAAGAACCGAAAAUGUCGUCAUCGGAAUCGAUUCUGACGCCGACCCAGAAGUACGCCGCCGGAGCUCUUUUCGCGCUGGCCCUGCACCAAGCUCAAAUACACCAGACCAGCCCUUUGGGUUUCCCCUCCAGCCAGGACGGCGGAGACUGCGGUGACGGCGACCCGUCGGAGGAACGCGUCAGUAGUUGCAGUAGCAGUAGUGACGCUGUCUCUGAAGAUCCCCAGCUAUGGGUCCACCCAUCCUCCGGUCUUCUCAGGCCGGUCUUCAAAUUUCUGGGAAUUGAUAGCAAAGCCUGGGAUGGGCUGGAGGAGACUGUGGCAUAUUCACCUGCUAAGAAUCAUGUUGGAGCUUUUCUGAGAUUACUUGCUGAGGACAGUGGUGACACAUCUGAAGCUUCUGAUAUGGAAUUGGCUUUGUCAAAAAGUAUAGAGGCCAUGUCUCUGAGCAUGGAAGAGACUUCUGCUGAUUACGAAUCCAAAAAGGAAAAACAACGUGAAUACGAGCAUGCUUGCCGGGAGAAGUUUUCAACCCAUGAUAAGAUGCUGGACUCAAAAUCUGAAGAGAAUGAUAGGCCCAAUAACCAUCCGCAGGAAAUAAGUGCUGUCACAUCUGUAGUUGAGGAGGCCCAUGUAAAAUCCAUCAGUGGAUCUGAAGGAAAACAACUGGAAGAAUUAAAAAUGCUUGGUUACCCAAGGAAAGUAAUAGUUCUGUAUGAGCUUCUAUCAGCUUGUUUAGCCGAUCCUGAUACCCCUGAAGACAGCAAGAAAUCCACUAGGCGAAAAAAGGGCUAUGACGCCAGGCAUCGUGUGGCUUUGAGGCUGCUUGCUACCUGGUUCGAUGUCAAUUGGACAAAGAUGGAAACUAUUGAAAAGAUGGUUACUUAUUCUGCAAUGGCUCUUCUUAAAGAGGCGCAAUCGAAAGAAGCGGCCCAAUCUUCUAAAAGUUCAUGGGACAAGUGGAAACGAGGAGGUAUCAUAGGUGCUGCAGCAUUAACAGGAGGAACUUUGAUGGCUGUUACUGGAGGUUUAGCUGCUCCAGCAAUUGCUGCUGGAUUCGGUGCUUUAGCACCUACGUUAGGGACUAUCAUCCCUGUUAUUGGAGCUGGUGGGUUUACGGCUUUUGCUAGUGCUGCUGGGAGUGUUGCAGGUUCUGUUGCAGUUGCUGCUUCCUUUGGUGCCGCUGGAGCUGGACUUACAGGGAGCAAAGUAGCUAGGAGAAUAGGAGAUGUUGAUGAAUUCGAGUUCAAAGCUAUAGGGGAAGAACAUAACCAAGGGCGACUAGGGGUUGAAAUCUCAAUAUCUGGAUUUGUUUUUGAGGAGGAAGAUUUUAUAAAACCCUGGGAAGGACAACCGGAUAACUCUGAAAGGUAUGUUCUUCAGUGGGAGUCCAGGAAUCUAAUUGCUGUAAGCACUGCUAUUCAAGAUUGGCUUACUUCAAGUAUUGCUAUGGAGAUGAUGAAACAAGGUGCCAUGAUGACUGUGCUAAGCACUCUUUUGACAGCACUGGCUUGGCCGGCUACAUUGCUUUAUCUUACAGAUUUCAUUGAUAGCAAAUGGACAAUUGCUGUGAAUAGGUCUGAUAAGGCAGGAAAAUUGCUCGCCGAAGUAUUACUGAAGGGGCUGCAAGGGCAAAGGCCUGUGACACUUGUAGGUUUCUCACUUGGAGCAAGAGUGAUUUUCAGGUGCCUCCAGGUUUUGGCUGAAAGUGAAAACGGCGCUGGACUUGUGGAAAGAGUUGUUCUUCUUGGAGCUCCCUUAGCAAUUCGAGAUAUGAAUUGGGAAGCAACAAGAAAGGUGGUUGCUGGGAGAUAUGUGAAUGCAUAUUCAACAAACGAUUGGAUGCUUGGAAUUGCAUUUCGUGCUAAUCUUCUCACCCAAGGAUUGGCAGGAAUUCAACCUGUCGAUGUCCCGGGCAUUGAAAAUGUUGACGUGACCGAGGUAAUCGAGGGUCACUCGUCUUAUCUAUGGAGAACUCAGCAGAUCCUGGAACAGCUUGAACUGGACAAUUAUUAUCCUGUUUUCAACCGAAGGAUCGUAAAAUCAUAG